AUGUCCGAGGAUGCUGAGUAGAGUUUUAGAGUUAAUGAGAUAAUUUGGGCGAAAGUCUUAGGCUGUAAAUCCAUGGUGGCCUGCUAAAGUAAUUAUACAAAAAUCAUCUUUUAGAUUGCUUCUAUUAUGAAUGUGAAUGGCAAGAAUGGAUAACACAGUGAGUACAGAGUUAAUUUUAUUGGAGACACUUCGCACGCCUAAUUGAGGUUCGAUAAAUUGAAAAAAUGGAAUCCUAAACCAAUACAAUAAGAAACUAAAAAGUUAAAAGAAUCAAUAGAUUUAGCUAAUAACUUGAUUGAAGCGUAAGAGAAAGCUUAAGAAAUUGAAUUGGGCAAUCUAAACGAGCAUAUUUUAAAGGGUCUAACUAUCAAAUUGAAUGAUCUUGUUUAUAACCAAAGAUCUAUAUCGGAUAUCAUUCAAGCCUUAAAUCUAAUAAGCGACAAUGAAAAGUUAACGAUAGUUAAACUAAAUUUGGGAUAAUAAUAUUUUGCAUUGUAUUAGAGCUUAAAGUAGGGGAAAGGAGAGAACCCCCUUUAACAAUCCCAAGAUUUUAUUGAUUAAUUGAAAGCGACCAUCGGUUUCUAAUUAUCAUAGGAAUUCUUGUCAAUUUAAAAAAAAUAAGAAAAGCCUACUCCUAACAGUGAUGACACUAAGGAAAUCACUGACUCUCCUGUAAAGAAAAGGAAAAUUGAAGAAAUCUCAAAAGAUGCACUUUGUAAUUAACAUUGAUUUUAUAUAUAAUUAUUUCUACGCAUUCG